GAGAAGCGAGCGUGGAUGUGCCUACAUCUACGCGCACCUACGUGCCGUUCCUCGCGGGGAUCGCAGUCUUCGGGUCGACGGGCGACGUCGUGGAGGCGCGAGGCAAGAUCUACCGAAUGUCGAGCAAGACGUACGGCAGCGAGUGGAUGCCGGACCCCCUGGAGUUCUCAGACGCCGUGACGGAGGCCGAGCGGGCGGGGGGUCACUCCGCCGCCCGUCGCCUUCGAGGCAAGCAGGCGCUACCAACGGGGGGUCCGGCAGCUGGGGAUUCGACAGCGAUUCCGCCUGAGGUCUCGCUCGAGUUCGACAGCUUCAGGGAUGUGAAGCCGUGCUACUGGCGCGUGCUCGCGGCCUCGGAGUCGACCCCCACGCACAAGGUGCUGAGCGGCUCGGCGAUGGACUGGGCCCUCGUGACUGAGCUGUACGCCCUCGCGAUGCGGGGGACGGAGCUGCUGGCACUGAAGGUGGACUCCGCCACGGACGGGGGCUCGGAGGUGGACGCCCGCGCGCUGCCGGUCGAGGAGGACGCCCACGGGAUCCGGCGGCGGGACUUCCGGUCGGCGGUCGACGCCAUGACGGAGACCGCCUGGCACACGAAGUGGAAGCACGAAGCACGGCUGGCCCGGGGGGAUCCUGGAGUUGGUGACCACGAGCUCGUGAUGCGUGUGAUCGAAACGGCCGUGGCCUACGACCAGCUGAAUAUCACUGAGUUGGCGUGCUUUGAGAUUUUGUGCCAUCGAGCUCAACUGUCAGAAUGGCGGCAUAAGGACCGACUGACUGGCGGGGCUAGCGGCCUGGACGACGAGUACGCCGACGACGAGCACUUGUACAUGGGGUCUGGUGAGACGCGGGGCCACGUCAUGGUGGCCCCGGCUUUGCAGGCCGUCAAUUCACUUUAUUCAGUCAACGCGGAGCCAAAGGAGCUUCAUCACCCGUCCCAGGCGCGCGCGGAGGCCGCCCACCACUUCUCAGAGGUGGUCAAGUCCUUCGGAGCCCCUGACGAGACGCCCGCGGCAGCCUUCGAUGCGCUGCGCGGGUCCGACCCCGGCUACGGCGACGUGGCCGCCAAACGCAUGCCCUACCAGCGCGACGAGGUCGCGCUACCUGCCGACGGGCGCUUCACUGAAGGUGAGGAUAACCUGUCGGGCGAGGUUUUGGGUCAAUGGUUGGGUUGGCGCUCAUGCCUCUUGCGAACAGAGAUGGUGACAUGUGGUGCUGUUAUUCCUUACUCAGACCCAAAGUUGAUCAGGUCUUCGAUUCACUAUGCUACCUCCAUCCUUGAUAUUUUCAGAGCUGGGCUCAUCAGUUUCGGCGAGAUACGGGGGCACACAGUGGGCGCAUUUUUCGUUAGCAAAGACGAGGGGCGCGCCUUGCGCUUGAUUCUUGAUACUCGGAAGUGCAAUCAACGCUUCAGAGAACCCGACUAUACGCAGCUACCUACCGAGGGAGCGUGGCAGGGCGCGCAGUUGGACGACAGUUGUGACCUCCACAUGGCGCAGCUGGACAUCUCCAACGCCUUUUACCGCAUUCGACUCCCGCCUGGUCUGCAUGAGCAUGUCGCUCCACCUCGGCCCAGUCGCCAAGCCUGGCUGUCCGUCGCGCCCGAGUUGGCCCACGUGUUGCCUGCCGGCAGCUACGUGUCUCCGCUGCUGCGGGUUCUGCCGACGGGGUGGUCGUGGAGCCUGUACUUCUGCCAGAAGAUGGUGGAGGGCGCGGUGUUCUCCGUCGGCUUCCAGCCCGGCCAGCUCAUCCAGGAUGGGCGCGGGGUCUCGAGGCUCACGGCGGCGAGCACGGCGGUGGGGAUCUACGUCGACGGCGUCGCGGUCUUCAGCGGGAAGAGGGGGCUGGCGCUGAGGGGGCGUGAGAAGGUGGAUGAGGAGCUGAUGCGGCGCGGGCCCAUCGCGAAGGCCGCGGCGCCGCCGCGCGAGAUGCAGAGCUUCACCGGCCUCGCCUUCAACGCCGCCUCGGGCAAGAUCAGCUUAUCUCGCAAGAGGCUGCGGCGCUUGAGACUGGCCCUCUUGCGCGCCGCGGACUUGGGCUCCAUCUCGGGAACGCAGCUGCGCCGCCUGGCGGGGCGCGCCACGUGGGCCGCCAUCUUCCGGCGCGAGCUCCUGGCCGUGUUCAGCGCGGCGUACCGCUUCAUGGACAAGGCCGGGUCCCGACGCUGGCGGAUGUGGGGCUCAGUGGAGACGGAGCUCCGUCUCGCGGUCUCGCUUGUGUGCCUCGCGGAGGUGGAGACCAGGAUGCCGUGCGCAGACAUGGUCUACGCCGCUGACGCGUCUGGCGGCUCCGACGGCGACUACGGCGGCUACGGCGUGGUCAGGCGGGCGCGGCAGCCCGCGGAUGUCGUGACCACGGUUUCCGCCUCCGAGAAGUGGCGGUACCGCAUCGAGGAGGAGGUCGCGGCCCGCGAGGCCGCCCUGGGCCCACCACCGCCUCCUGGCCGUCGGCCACGCCAGGCCCGACGGGGGGAGGCGGACUUCGAGGCGGUCGCCCGCGAGCUCAUCGGGCAGCCCCGCGACUGGCAGCUGGCGGUGAGAGGGCGCUGGGCCUGGCAGCAGGGCGUCGGGCGCGCGGAGGGCCGAGCGCUCGUGCUCGGCGUCCGCCAUUGUUUGAGAAAUCUGUCGUCGAGGAAUCAGCACCAUCUGUUUUUGGUGGACAACAUGGGAGUCGUGUUGAGCGUAGGGAAGGGGAGAUCGUCCGCUUUCGGCACUAAUCGCACGUGCAGGGAGUUGCUUGCUCUGAGCAUCGCCGGGGACACUCGCAUCUCGAGCCGAUGGAUCCUGAGUGAGUUCAAUCCUGCCGAUGCUCCGUCUCGAUUCCCCGGAGCCGUCGGGCUCGGUGCCUUUCGGGGCCGGCGCUCUGCCUGGUUCGGCGCGCCUCUUCAUGCUGCGGCGGCCGACCAGUAUAGACCGCUUGACAAGGCCAUCGACGCCUACAUCGUCGAGCGCCACGGGGACUCUGCUGCGGCCAGGGCUGGCGAGAGCGGGCCCAGGCUGGGCGGGCCUCAGGGCGAGCCAGCAGGCCUCUGGCAGCAGGUAAACGCGGCUGCGCCGCUGGGCGCCCCUGGCCCCGCUGCCGACGAGAAGGACGACUCUUCCAGCUCGGCCUCGAGCGGCUGCUGCGACUUCGAGUUCGACGGGGCCCCCGCCGAGUUCGGGGGCCAGAGCUCGAGCUCAGGCGGCCCGAGCUGUGCGAGCCCAGGCGCGGAAGAGGAAGUUCACGGCGCUGAGUGGGCAGGCGCGAGCACGGGGCCGCGCGCUCCUGGAGCUGAGCCGGGCCUCGACGGCGGUGCAGAAGCAGUGCCAGGCAGCGCUGGGGAAGUUCGAUGCAUGGUGCCACGUUCGAGGGCGGCCGCGCGGAGCUUGCCCGAGCUGGGCGCGGCGAUGGCGGAGUUCUUGGACGAGGAGCUCUUCGGCGGCUUCAACCACGACGUGGGCGACAAGUUGCUGGCCGCGAUGCCCCUCGAGAGGCCCGAGCUGCGGCGGCGCGGGCAGGACCUGCUGCCGCGCGCGCGGGGCGCCAUCGCCGGCUUCCGCAAGCGGGCGCUGGGCCAGGCGCGGGCCCCGCUGCCGCGGGAGGGCCUCCUGGCGCUGGUCGGCGCGGCGGCUUGGGGCGGCCGCCUCGAGCUGGCGCUCGCGCUGACGGUGGCGUGGCACGCGUACCUCCGGCUGCCGUCGGACCUGGUGGCCACGGUGCGCGAGUCGCUGGUGCCGCCGCCGCCCUCGAUCGGGAGCCGACGCUGGGGGCUGCUGCUGCGCCCCGGGGAGCUUGGCGUGGUGAGCAAGACGGGGGGGGUCGACGAGGGGAUGCUGCUCGACGACCCUGUCUCCGAGAAGCUGGGGGGGACCUUGGCGGCGCUGCGCGAGCGGGCGCCCGGAGGCGGCCAGCUCUGGAGCUUCGACGCCGGCCACUUCCGAGCGGAGUUCGCCCAGCUGGCGGAGCUGGCAGGGAUGCCCAACAUCCACGCCUACCAGCUCAGGCACGGGGCGGCCAGCUUCGACGUGGCCACCGGCGUCCGCGACCUCGCCGCAGCGCAGCGGCGGCCCAGACAUGCCGACAGCCGCAGCACCAAGAGGCGCGAGAGGCACACUCGCUACUGGGCGGAGGUGGCCAGCCUGCCCCAGGGCAUCGCCGACUACGGCAGGCUCCUGCUGCCGCGGUGGGUCGAGCUGCGCCUCAGCGCUGGCGAGGUCUGGUGGCGAGGCGACGCCGCCCAGGCCCAGUCCCCGCCGCCGGCCGCGAGCGUGCAGAGGUACCUGCAGACAGCUUUGCAGGAGUGCCUCAAGCGCAGCCGGCGCAGUCAG